GUGACCGUGACCGAGUCCGCGUGUCCGCGGCGGCCCAGGCGCCGACAUGGCGGGCUGUGUGGCCCGGCGGGCCCUAGCCGUGGGCAGCCGCUGCUGCUGCUGGUGGUCCCGGCCGCUGGCGGCGGCCCGGGCACUGCGGCCCCUCGCGACCUUCCCCCCGGCGACCCCUGUCGCGGCCACAGCGCGGAGACACCUCUCCUCCCGAAACCGACCAGAGGGCAAAGUGUUGGAAACAGUUGGUGUAUUUGAAGUGCCAAAGCAGAAUGGAAAAUAUGAGACAGGCCAGCUCUUUCUUCAUAGUAUAUUUGGGUACCGAGGUGUUGUCCUGUUUCCCUGGCAGGCCAGGUUGUAUGACCGGGAUGUGGCUUCUACAGCCCCAGAAAAAACAGAGAACCCAGCUGGCCAUGGCUCUAAGGAGGUGAAAGGCAAAACUCACACUUACUACCAGGUGCUGAUUGAUGCCCGGGACUGUCCACACAUAUCUCAGAGAUCUCAGACAGAAGCUGUGACGUUCUUGGCCAACCAUGAUGACAGUCGAGCUCUCUACGCUAUACCAGGCCUGGACUAUGUUAGCCAUGAAGACAUCCUCCCCUAUACAUCCACUGACCAGGUUCCCAUCCAGCAUGAGCUGUUUGAAAGGUUUCUCCUCUAUGAACAGUCAAAAGCUCCACCCUUUGUGGCUCGAGAGACACUUCGUGCUUGGCAGGAGAAGAAUCACCCCUGGCUGGAGCUGUCAGAUGUCCACCGGGAAACUACCGAGAACAUCCGUGUCACUGUCAUCCCCUUCUACAUGGGCAUGAGGGAGGCCCAGAAUUCCCAUGUCUACUGGUGGCGCUACUGUAUCCGUUUGGAAAAUUUGGACAGUGAUGUAGUUCAGCUUCGGGAACGUCACUGGAGGAUAUUCAGCUUGUCAGGCACGCUAGAAACGGUGCGCGGCCGAGGUGUGGUAGGCAGGGAGCCUGUAUUAUCCAAAGAACAGCCAGCUUUCCAGUACAGCAGCCAUGUUUCUCUGCAGGCCUCCAGUGGGCACAUGUGGGGCACGUUCCGCUUUGAGAGGCCUGAUGGAUCUCACUUUGAUGUCCGAAUUCCUCCCUUCUCUCUGGAAAGCAAUAAGGAUGAGAAAACACCCCCUUCUGGCCUUCACUGGUAGGGCAACUCAGGGUCCAUGCCCAGCCUUGGCCUACCUAAAUGACUUCCACCUCACAGCUGCUGCAGAACAUUGGGCUUUCUUCACCUCUCCCAGGCCACCAUAGGUUUGGUGUUGUCUCUUAUAGUUUGUUCCAUUUGGUUGUGGUUUUUUUUUGGGUUAUGUAACAAUUUUCUCUAAAGACCCCCCUCACUGGGCUCCUUCAGAAGCAGCCUUUCCUGCCCUGCUUGUACCAUGUUCCAGUAAAACUUCCCGUUUGGCUGUCCCAGGAGACAGGAGGGCUAUCCCCCUGCCCAUUUCUCGGAGGUGCUUCGGAGUGCGAAGUUUGGUCAAUAAAUCCGUGCAUGCCUGGCUGCCCUUUCCAUUUCUGCAUCAGGGCACCAGCUCAUCCCCUUCAGGCACCAGGCACUUGACUCUCUUGCCAUUUCUGAGAGCAAAGAAACCACCAGAACUCUGAGCACGGUCCUUUUUUCCAACACCCUUCUCUCAAGAGAGCUCCACCUCUGGCUGGGAGUUUGUUUCAGAACGCCAUCUGACCCAGCCUCUCCUGACCUUGGCCAUGUGUUGGAAGUAUGGAGCAAGGCAAGAGUUCUUUCCCAUCAAACUCUUUGGUUCCUGGCAAGCCUGGCAAUCGCAGGAUGAGAGCAUGGGAGGGUCUCUAGCCAGGGGUCACAGAAAAGUUGACUUGUCCAGCCCUUGGUAAGAGUUUUUAGAUACUAUGUGUCCACCUUUUAUCUCAGGCUUUUGAGAACAUAGCUCACCUAGGAUGCCUGGGAAUGGUGAAACCUGUAGUUUCUGGGAUAGGGUUACUUAGUCAUUGGAAUUCUUGGGCGCCAAUGUGGAUGAGAAUUAUAAAAGGGGGUCUGGGUUAACUCAAAUGAUUAAGAUGGGCAGAACUGGUUUUAGAGGCCGGUCCAGCUACCUCUCCUCACUGAGAACCUUUUUUUUCUGCCAUGCUUCCUGGAAGGUGAAGAAUUGUAUUUUUCUAAGUAAAGUAAGAUUAGAGCUGCCUUUAUCAGCAGCAGAGUUCUAACAUGCCAUCUAUAUCCAACUUGCCCUGUUGGAACUGCUUGGGCUGUUAUGACCAAGGGGACAACAUGACCCAUUUCAGGAGUUAAAAAUUAGAUUUCUACUCUGACUAGGGAGUGCCUGAAAUAGUACAACUGGACCAAAUCGGGUUUUGUGAUCCAGGAGGGAAUAGAAGAAUUGCUCCAGACUGACACCUCUGGCUAUGCCACAUCACACACAAAUAAAUUCCCACUUUGUGUACGGUGUAACAGGA